AUGCUGCCAACGCCUCGUGGCACAUCAACUGGACUUGGAGCUUCGUCCUGUGUGGCAGCAGCAUUGGGGGAAGGCGGGAUGCGCUUGCCAUCACGCGUGUUCACAGUUAGUGGUGGAAACAGGGGAUUACAGGCGGAGCGAUGUAGGAAGGGUCUAAUUAAUGAGGGCCUCGUUCAUGUCUGUGGAGGGGUUGUUGUUGCCUUUGGAGAUGGAACGUGUUUUGGGCGUGAGCGGAAGGUUUCUGUUGUUGGUGCGGGAGCAGUAGGCACGGCAGCGGCGUUUGCUAUUAUGACUAAAGGUAUUGCAAACACUGUCGCUCUCUACGAUAUUGACGAAGAUAGAUGCAACGGUGAAGUGAUGGACUUGGACCAAGGCUCACUGUUUCUGGAGUCUUAUAUAACGAAGACUGCGGACUCGGAUAUCGUUGUAGUAACAGCUGGGGUCCGGCAAGCUGUUGGCGAAUCCAGAUUGAACCUUGUUCAACGCAAUGUUGAUAUAUUUAAAAAACUAAUUCCUACUCUCGUUGAACAAAGCCCAAAGUGCAUUCUCGUUAUCGUUACAAAUCCAGUUGAUAUCAUGACCUAUGUCUCCUGGAAGUUAAGCGGCUUUCCACAGCAUCGUGUCUUAGGAUCUGGAACCAUGCUUGACACUGCUAGAUUUCGGCACAUUCUUGGCGAGAAGUUGAAUGUGCAUCCUAGUGCCAUACACGGUUACGUAGUCGGCGAACAUGGAGACUCGAGUGUGCCAGUAUGGAGUAGGGUGACCGUUGGUGGAGCAAAUCUCUGUGACAUUUAUCCCAAGAUCGGCCAAGCCGGCGAUCCCGACGAUUUUGCUUCCAUUCACAAGGCUGUUGUCGAUAGCGCCUACGAAAUCAUUCGCAUGAAGGGCUGCACUGCUUGGGCCAUAGGUCUCUGUUGUGCCUCCCUGUGUAAUGCGAUUCUGCGAAACAAGAAAAUUGUGAUUCCAGUUUCCACCUCACUUAAGGACAAACUUGGUAUUAAGGAUGAAGUAUUCGCAAGCGUGCCCUGUAUAGUCGACAGCAGCGGCGUGUCUGCAGUGAUCAACCUCGAGUAUUCGCCUAGUGAGAAACAAAGCCUGUUGGCCAGUGUUGAGACUCUUCAGAAGAUUAUCGCAGGCAUCAAGUGGUGA